AUGCAUAGUUUGAUUGCUCGAGGCGAUGGCUGUCCGGAUGUUUAUGACGCGGUUCAGCUUUCCGGAGAACCGUUUGUUCCAGAAAUCACAAACCUCUUCCCCAACGGCAAGCCGCGAGCACCUUUACCCCUCCCUGAGUACCAGCAGGUCAUCAGUCGUAUGAAAGACUACCGGCAACGAUACCUUGAUUAUUGGACAUCGACAGCUGAGCGAACUGGCGAUCGUCCUGUCGAGGCUGUUAUAUCCCCGGUAACGCCAUAUGCAGGCGUACUGCCGGGUAAAUUUUACCCAUCAACAUAUAGCAGCUCCGUCAACGUACUGGAUUACGCCUCGGUCGUCAUUCCGGUCACGUUUGCGAACAAAGAUAUAGAUGUCGUCAGUCCAAAUUUCAAAGCAUUGAGCGAUGAGGAUGGCCUGAAUAUGAAUGAAUACGAUCCCGAAAUAUACCAUGGCGCUCCAGCCGCUGUGCAACUUGUCGGGCGCAGACUGGACGAAGAAAGGCUGCUUUCGCUAGCUCAGCUGGUAGUCGAAGCAUUGACCGACUACAGAGCGGAAUUUGGCGAGUGA